GCUCACUUGUUCGACAGAUCGUCAGAGUACGAUCGACAGAGCAACAAGCAAGUUGGGCGUGCGGGCAGUAUUAUUUUAUUAAUUCUUUAGAAUCAAGAAAGAAACACCGCGACUUUUGCCGUCUUUUUUUUCUACAUUUUUUUUUUUGUAUUGGUUUUGCUAGAAUAUUUCUGUGGAUGACGAAGAGACGCAUUAAUAUGCGUUUUAGUGCGGGGCCUUAAAGAUCACUGAUCGUCAAAACGUAAAAAAGAAAAGUGUGAAGUGAAACGAACGAACGGUUUCUUAUUAUAAUGAAAUAUCAUUGCCAAAAUUAAAAAACGAAAUUGUUAAGCAAAAAUCAUCCGCAACAACAAAAAAGUGAACAGACAUACAAACCACCAUGAAUUUUGGAUGGAUUCAACUGGCCCUGAUCAGUAUCGGAAUUUCGAUAUCGAUCCAUGAUGCAUCUUCUCAGCCGGAGCGCUACGAUCGAUUGCCUAGCUACUCCCAGAUCAAUGCUGGUGGUGGAGGAGGGCUGGACCCCGCCCACCGGGAGGACCUGUGCAGCCACUGUUUCUGCACCAAUAUCAGGGCCUUCUGCGACUAUAAGCUGAAUAAAACGCUUCCGAACAAUUUCAAUGAUCAACUUUUGGUGCCUCUGAACAUCAAGUACAUUGAGGUGCGGCUGUCUGACUACAUCCAGUUUGCGAUGUACGAGAACUUCUUCCAAGACAACCAGGUUAACUACUUUGGUGUGUUUGGAGUGAGGCGGGACGACCAGGUGGAGAUAACCAGCAAUGCUUUUAGCCAUAACAAAGGUGGCUAUCCCAGCAUAGAAAUUAGAAAUGUGUCGCGGUGUUUCUUCCGUGAGAAGUCCCUAACUGGUGCGGAGUACAAACUGCUGGUGGAGGAUGUGGACAAGCUGACCGUUUUUUCCAAUGCCCUGCAGAUGACCAAUCUGGAUUGCUCCUUCAAACGGAUCAGCCAGUUGACUCUGAUGAAGAAUGCUUUCAAUCCUGGCGUGGCCAAGUAUGGCAUUAAUCUUCGAGUGGAGGAUUCUAAAACCGAUCAAUUGGGCAUCUUUGGUGUGUCCAUGGGCAAGGUCAGUCUACUGCGCUGCACCAUUGGAACGAUCAAGAGCAAUGCCUUUGGGGUGAUCAGCAUCAAGGAGCUGUACAUCGAUGACUGUACCAUUGCGGUGAUCGAGGCCCAGGCGCUGACCAAUAAGCUUCAUAGUGACAUGGUGGCCAUUCGGGAUACGGUUAUUGGUACGAUUGAGGGUCAGGCGAUUAGUCAGAGUGGCAUAACAACCAUGAUUAUGGUUCGAAAUAAAAUCCAAAGGAUCCAGCCGUAUGCCAUCCGUUUGGUAGCUGUAAGCCUUUCCAUUUGCAACAACUCCAUAAGCCACGUGGAGAAUAACUGGUUGAGUGUUAGCCAGGCUGAUCAUGUGGAGAUCGAGAACAAUCGCUUCCAGAACUAUGGACGCGUUGAGCUCAAUAUCAAUCCAACGAACUGCAGUUUCCGUAAUAAUAUCCUACAGAAUCCCCAGUCGGGAAGUUUGAAUUUCACGUGUCGCAUUCAUCAAGUCUAUGUGGGGCAUGAAUGCUCGUGCAACAAGUCCUGGCUAACGGAGCUAACCGAUCAUGAUUUGGAAUCGGAUGUUAUGUGCCAGGUUACAGAGCGUCAUAGUGGCUGCAUCAAUGCCACCAGUACGGAUGUACGGCGGUAUUAUAAUGAGGCAUGCACCGGAAAUAUAACACGUUACUGCAUCUCUGGCCAAUGGGUAACCAAAUCGGCCAGUGAUCAAUUGAGUGAUUCGGGAAAAUACACCAUCACGAGUAUAGCCCUACUGAUCGUUGUGGUCACCGUGCUGGUCAUCGUGCUCGUUGGGUUUAUCAAGUGCCUGCGCAACGGUGGCAGUGGACAUGGCGAUGUCAAUGGUGAUGUAUGUCAUUUAGAGGAGGAUAUCCGAUUAGCAUUACAGCUGAAGGCAUCAGAACUACAUGCCUCCGAUCAAACGCGUAAGAAUCUCGUUAAAUUACUCAAUAGUCAGCUAAGCAAAGAGGAAUGCUACAAUCGGAUGUUAUUUCUUAUAGACAAUAUGCCUCAAAAGUCGUCACCGAUUGAGAGUCUAAUGUUUAAGCACAUAUUCCAGUGUCAUGCCAAUGCCAAUGGGAAUCCAACAAUAGACGAUGCAUAUGCCAGCACCACCACAACCACUGCCAGUGCAGCAUGCAAUCCCACUGCUCCGAGUUUGAAUGCCAGUGAAGGUGGGUUCGAUGAUGAGCCUAUCUACCAAGAGCCAGAUCAGCAGCGUCCUUUGAUCUGUGGGGAUUACUCAUCGCCGCUGCAUCCCGUCGAGGAUACCUACUCUGAGCCAUUCAAUGCUACGAAUGCUAACGACAUGCCGCCGGCAUAUCAAUAUGCCACGCCCAUGCGUAUCCUCACGCCACCACAACAACAACAACAGCAACAGCAGCCAUCAACAAUGGCCAGUUAUGCAACGCCCGUUUGGCGAUCUACACCAAGUGCCACGCCCACCAGUCGUCCACCCUCAGGGACACCGGGACCAAUGGCCACAGCAACAGCUCCCCGGGCUGUCAAGGAUCUGAGGCAGGCACUCCAGAAUUCACCACAAUUCCAUCCCAAUCAGCUGACCUCAGCGCGUAACCAAAGACAAAUCCUACAGACUCUGCCAGCCCAACCGCCACCCUAUAGUCACAGGCCGCAGGGUCAUAAAGGUCACCACCAGCGAAGGCAAAGUUUCGAAUGUCUCGAUGGUGCCGCCAGCUUGGCGGCCAUGGAGCAUAUGGACUCAGGUUCAGAUCACUCCGGCGGCAGUGAUGUGACUGUCCAAAUUGCCGAUGUGAUCGACUAUGCGGAUGCCUAAGAGUAUGCAGAGCCUAUAUAGUGUGUAUAUAUAGUAUUAUAUAUAUAUAUAUACCGAUAUAUCUGCCACAACUGUCACACCUGCCACCCACAAACAAGAACAACAAAGAGAGGGAGAGAGACGAAAACACCUGCCAGCAGCAGUGCCCAAAAGAAAAACAACAAAAAAAAUAAAAAACGAAAACAUUUUGUGAUAUUCAUACAGUUUCUCUAGAUUUGCGACGAACUAAUUAGGUAGAGCUACAUAUAUAUAGUAUGUAGCUAAAGCAAGAGAGAAUCGAUUAGAUUAAGACAAUUUAAAUGUAAAUGUAAAUAAACUAUAAAAACUAA